AUGAAGUCCGUCACCGUUCUCGCGUGGGCCUUGGCCUUGAAAUCAUAUGUGCAAUACACAGAGGCCCAUGUCCGCGACCACGGUCUCAAUGCCGGUGGUAUUGCGGCCAUGUGUGACGGCAAAUUUGGCGUGUGUGGCGACCCGUACUCCGGGGCAUCGGAGUCACGAAACCGGAGGCGGCUACAGGACGUUCCCCACCAACAUCGCGAAAAUGUCAUCGGGGCCUGCUACGCCUCGGGGUUUACCGUGGACCUCCAAGUCCAAUUGACGGCGAACCACAAGGGGUACUUUAAUUUGCAAUGGCAAGUGCCCCCAGGCAACAAAAAGUUUACGAUCCAGUCGGUGCUCCCUGCUGGAGUGACCUGCAAAGGCGACUCCCACUGCGUGCUUCGUUGGCUUUACGUUGGGUGGAACAACCCCGACGUGAACAUCAAAGGCCAAAGACAAUUUUGGAACUCCGUCGACGUGUACAUCAGCAACACGUGUGGCGCCGCUCCUGCACCAGCUCCGCCAACCCCACCACAACACCUACCCCAGUCAUCCCAAUCUAUGCUCCUGUCACGACCACUGGCCCAGCACUUCUCCCAAACCUAUUGCGAGCGGCUCGUGCGGCACUGCAAUACUUGCCACUACGGACCCACAAACGCGUGCUUUAUUGGCUUGACCGCCACGCAUUGUGCGGAGAUCAACAAGUCCACCAUGUGCCAGCAGCCGCCCGAGUACCCGUGUGCGGCUGGCAAGCAGUUCUUUGGUCGUGGCCCGAUUCAGUUGUCGUGGAACUACAACUACGAGGACUUUGGCAAGGCCGUCAACUUGGACUUGGUCGCGAGCCCUGAGCUGGUCGCCACCGACUACGACUUGUGGAACGGCAACGUCCACAAGGUGGUGGGUCUCCCCGGUGGCGUUGCCAAGGCCACGUUCAUCAUCAACGGCGGCUUCGAAUGCAAUGUGAGCCCUCCCAACCGCGAGUCGCAAUGCCAGCUUCAUCGAGUUUCGCAACGCCUUGAGGGGGGGUCCCCGGGGAGAAGUUGUCGUGUCAAACCAGUGAUUUCCCCCCAAAGCCCCUACCUCGGAGUCGGUUGUGACCACAGAUGGUAUCAAUGCGGCAGCCAUUAUUACACGGGUCCCACGACCUGCCACGAAGAUGCUGAAUAUGCCGCGUUGGACCAGUACUUUUCCGAAAUGUGUGCUCAAGAGCGCCUUGUAGAUAGUGAAUUUGUCUGA